AUGCCUGAACGUGCCGAGCGUGACCUCUACCGGGACACGUGGGUGCGGUACCUAGGUUAUGCCAAUGAGGUGGGGGAGGCCUUCCGCUCCCUGGUGCCGGCAGCUGUGGUGUGGCUGAGCUAUGGUGUGUCCAGCUCCUAUGUCCUGGCAGAUGCCAUCGACAAAGGCAAGAAGGCGGGUGAUGCAUCAAGCUGUGAAGCAGACCACAGCACCAGGGUGACUUUGGCUGUGGUGGACACCUUUGUGUGGCAGGCUCUGGCCUCUGUGGCCAUCCCAGGCUUCACUGUCAACCGCGUGUGUGCCGCCUCCCUCUACGUCCUGGGCACCGCCACCCGCUGGCCUCUGGCUGUCCGCAAGUGGACCACCACUGCGCUGGGGCUACUGAUCAUCCCUGUCAUCGUCCACCCCAUCGACAGGUCUGUGGACUUCCUCCUGGACUCCAGCCUACGAAAGCUCUACCCAUCAGUGGAGAAGCCCGGCUCCUCCUGA